AAGCUAUCGACAUAUAGUUGUUUGUUUGUAUAUUUUGAAGGAAGUGAUACGAGUGUUAAGACAUAAUUCUGAUAGGUUAGCAGUAUAUACUUGUUUACCUCACUUUUUUUCCCGCUCAAGAGUCAGAAAUAUUUGAAAUUGACAAUUUAAAAAGUGUCCUGAGAUAUUGUUGUGUAAGCAUCAUGGCUCACUACAAAGGAGCAGCAAGUGAAGCUGGCAGAGCAAUGCAGCUUAUGAAGAAAAGAGAAAAAGCUCAACAAGAAAUUGAAUUUCGGAAAAAGAAGAUUGAGGAAGAUUUGAAAAUAUCCAAUAUUGAAAAUAAAUUUGCUGCUCAUUAUGAUGCUGUUGAGCAGCAGCUUAAGAGUUCCACAAUUGGUUUGGUUACACUAAACGAGAUGAAGGCUAAGCAAGAAAAUAUUGUCAAAGAGCGAGAACGAAAACUUGCACAGAAACAACUAGAAAAAGAACAAGAGAAACAAAGACAACUGGAAGCUAAACAAGCAGAAAAAAACAGACAGAAGCAACAGAUUCAGUCCUUGUCCUUCAGUCUUGAGGAAGAAGAGGAAAAUGAUGAUGAUGAUUUAGGCCACACCAGUGACUCAGCCGAAGAGAAGUUUGAGCCUCCUGUGAAAAAGAAAAUCAGAAAAAAUCCUGAUGUUGAUACAAGUUUUUUGCCGGACCGUGAAAGAGAAGACGAGGAGAACCGAUUACGAGAAGAGCUCAGGCAGGAAUGGGCAGCCAAACAAUCAUCUCUGAAGGAGGAAGAAAUAGAAAUAACAUUCAGUUACUGGGAUGGCUCAGGUCAUAGGAGAACAGUACGGAUGAAAAAAGGAAAUUCUAUAUACCAGUUUCUACAGAGAUGCUUGGAGUUGCUUCGCAAGGAAUUCAGUGAGUUAAAGACAGUUACUGCUGAUCAACUGAUGUAUGUGAAAGAGGAUCUGAUUUUACCUCAUCACUACACAUUUUAUGAUUUCAUUGUUACAAAGGCACGUGGUAAAAGUGGCCCUUUGUUUACAUUUGAUGUGCACGAUGAUAUCAGACUAGUGAAUGAUGCAAGUGUCGAGAAGGAAGAAUCACAUGCAGGCAAGGUUUUGUUAAGGAGCUGGUACGAAAGAAACAAACACAUUUUUCCAGCUAGCCGCUGGGAACCAUAUGAUCCAACAAAAAGUUACGACAAAUACACAGUCUCGGAUAGAAAUACAAAGAAAUGAAAAGCACUGUUUUUAAAACAUAGACAAGACAAUCAAAAGUUAAAUGUAUUGUACAUUUAAGAAGUGAUUGGUCAGACUUUCUGUAUGGUAAAUUUUUCAAGAGAUCAUUGCUUUAUUUAUGUAAAAUAUGUGUAAGAUAAAAACUGUGUACAAUACAUUUAGUGUAACUAACAAUUGCAGUAUAUCAUGUACUGUUCUCUCUCUUAUUGGCUCACUGUCAAAGAUUACAUGAUGUGUUAAUUAAAAUAAUGCUGAAUA